AUGCUAACCCCGACGUGUGAAACGGGGAGAGAGAAACAACUAGAACACUACAUUAUGGUAACACCAGCGUCUGAAACGGGGAGAGAGAAACAACUAGAACACUACAUUAUGGUAACACCAGCGUCUGAAACGGGGAGAGAGAAACAACUAGAAGACUACAUUAUGCUAACCCCGACGUGUGAAACGGGGAGAGACAAACAACUAGAACACUACAUUAUGCUAACCCCGACGUGUGACACGGGGAGAGAGAAACAACUAGAACACUACAUUAUGCUAACCCCGACGUGUGAAACGGGGAGAGAGAAACAACUAGACCACUACAUUAUGGUAACACCAGCGUCUGAAACGGGGAGAGAGAAACAACUAGACCACUACAUUAUGGUAACACCAGCGUCUGAAACGGGGAGAGAGAAACAACUAGACCACUACAUUAUGGUAACACCAGCGUCUGAAACGGGGAGAGAGAAACAACUAGAACACUACAUUUUGGUAACACCAGCGUCUGAAACGGGGAGAGAGAAACAACUAGACCACUACAUUAUGGUAACACCAGCGUCUGAAACGGGGAGAGAGAAACAACUAGAACACUACAUUAUGCUAACCCCGACGUGUGAAACGGGGAGAGACAAACAACUAGAACACUACAUUAUGCUAACCCCGACGUGUGACACGGGGAGAGAGAAACAACUAGAACACUACAUUAUGCUAACCCCGACGUGA